AUGGGUAGCUGGCAUUUAGAGAUUUUUAAGAUGGCUGUGUACAUUGGCUUUCCUGUUGGAUUGUUUUAUUGUUUCAACCAGCCAUAUUUCUUUGAGAGUUGGAUGAUGGAAAAGAGAGCUAAAAUCUUUCCACCCACAGACCCAGAAGUGAUGAAAAUAUUUGAUGAACUUAAACGAAAAAUGGAAUUAAAACAAGAACAAGAAUGGAUUGCAGCACAGGAGACUAGAAAAGUGUAG